AAACGUCAUUCGGCUGUUGUGAAAAGUAAACAACAACAAAUCGAGCAAUCGCGAUCAAUUUUUGGUGAAAACUCGUGAUGGAUUUCGAUAGUCCUGAUUGUGUGGAAAAGGAUUUUCCCGGCCUGUACGCUUCCGAUGCGAGUGGGAAAAGCAAAAAAGAUGAUAAAGAUUUUAGUGACGCUGAUCCGGAAAAGGUCAGCAAAAAGGAGCUGCUAAUAGGUCGCCGAAAGGAUAAGAAGGAGAAGAAAACGGCUUACGCCACCUUGGAGGGUGAAAGCUCACCGGAAGAGGAGCUCGAAACAAAGAGCCCUUCGAAGACGAAAAAGUCGAAAACGUUCAAGUUCCCCACAAAGAGCAAGGAAAAGAGGGAAAAAUCACGCGAAAAGGAUAGGGAAAAACCAGACUCAUCGAAACCGGAGGAGUGUGUGAAGGCGCCCGAGAAGGGGGAUAAAGAUAAGGACAAGAAAAAGGACAAGGAAAAAAAGGAAAAAGAGAAGAAGGAUAAAUCGAAAGACAAAAAGGACAAAAAACUGAAGCAGGGAAGUGUCAGCGAGGAGGUACUGGAGCUGGGCGAUGCGCAACCCAUCUUUGGCGUGUCGCUUGGAUUGGCUACCGAGCGGAGCCGUUGCCAUGACGGUGUGAACCUUCCGCUGGUGGUACGUGACUGCAUCGAUUACCUGCAGGAGCAUGGCCUGCAAAGCGAACAGAUCUAUAAGGUCGAGGCUGUUAAGACAAAGUUGCAACAGCUAAAGCGAACGUACAAUAACCGCGAGGGAUCCUGCGUCGGUGAGAUGGACGUGCCGAUUGCUUGCGGAUUGCUAAAGAUGUUUUUGCGCGAGCUUCCGGAGCCGAUACUUACCACCGAUCUGUCGUCCCGAUUCGAAGAGGUUGCUUCACACUCGCAAGUCUCGCAGCAAGAGCAGGAACUGGUGUGUUUGGUCGAACAAUUGCCGAGCUGCAACAGAACGCUGCUCUCCUGGAUGUUUAUGCACGUUGAUGCGGUAACACAGAACGAAGAUUUUACAAAGAUGAAUGCGCAGAACAUUGCGAUGCUGCUCAGCCCCACGCUUCAGAUGUCGCACCGCUUGUUUGUGGCGAUACUGUGCCAUUGCAGCACCCUGUUCGCCGACACAAACUUACACAAAUAUAUUCCGCCGAUAACGGCAUCAAGCCCAAACUUACCCGAAACGCCGGACGAAAUAUCGCUAGAGCUAAGGAAGCAGGAAAGCCUACUGGCGCAAAUUCACGCCGAAAUGAAUGCCGGCUUCGUUACGAAGAAACGCGAAGAGCAGCUUUGGGAAGUGCAACGCAUCAUUACACAACUGAAGCGAAAAUUGCGAUCAUUCGAGAAAAAGUCCGAUUGCGUACAGAAAAGCCUCGACGAUACGGUGGACGGAGAUGUUUCGAUCGAUUUGAACAUACAAAAAUCUAAACUGUCCUGUUCGGACGAUGAAUCGUCCAUUAAAACCGUAACGGCCAUCUCGACCGAAUCGGCCACAAAUACCGAAGCCAAAAACACACCACAAGAAACGUCCGACGAAACGGCGGUCCCAGCAGAGCGGAAAGCUUCCAUCGCGGAGUCUCCCGAUACGGCCACAGUGAAGCGGGACGGUUCAGGGAUGCAGCCGACAGCACCGGAAGCACCACCGACCAGCGACAAGGUAACGGUUACCGAUAAUGGAUUUCUGCUGCUACCACAAAACCAUCCGGAGUAUCUUACGCUGAUACGGCUGCAGCUCGAAAAUCAGGAACUGGUAAACUGGAAAGCGCAACUGCAGUCCCGUAUACAGACGGAGCGCAAUGAGAUAGUGAAAAUGAAGAAACUGCUCGUGGUGGAUGGCGGUGGAAUUGCCGUUCCGACCGAUGCAUCGCUAACGGCUAGCGAGGAGUACGAGAAGCUGAUGGCUCAUUACGUGAAGGAAAAUGCACUGCUCGAACAGAAACGCCAGAUGCUAGCGAAGGAAAUAUUCGAGGAAAACAAGAACCUUAUACAAAUGCAGGUGGAAUUGGCUCUAAAUCGGUACAGGAUAUAAGGAUAUAAGAAUCAGCACGAAGUGUAUUUGUUUAUUUGCUCUCUGUAAAAUGUUAGUGGCAUACACAGGAAACGAGCAUCACGACGAGUUUUAAACGAACGAUGGUCGAACGUGAAACGCUUUACGCCACCAUACGAUUGCUUGAUUGGCGAAACAGGAACACACUGUAUCGAGCAGCAGAGUACAGCGUGAGUGUCGUGCCGCUUUUGUAUGGACCGUUUGGAUUGAGUGCCACGCACCAAGUCUUCUCCUGAUUUUGUGAGAGUGUAGCGAACCUUCCUGUUCAAGCGAUGGACAGGAUUGCAUGUGGACGAAAAAAAAAUUAUGCGCGCGCACAAAAUAAAAAUUGUUUCAAGUGCGACGACAGAACGAGAGAUAGGUAAAUACGCGCGAGAGUGCUAUUUUUUUGGGGGGGGGGGGGGGUUUGGGGGUUGGCAUAUUUGUUCACUCACCGACACGACAAAAUACAGUGUCUGAAAGGAAAACUGCAGCGAUGAGCGAUUGUAACCUACUGUGGCAUGCAAGCUGAAGAUCAUUAAUUAUUUUUAAUUCAUAACUUAUGAAGCUUCGAUAGAAAUACAAAUAAAGAUAUGUAAUUAGUGUCGUGCAACUAAACAUAAA